AUGGCUGUCACCUUCUCAGAUCUACACACCGAAGAGGGAAUCAAAUCCCUCGAUCAAUUCCUUUCUGGGAAAACUUAUAUUUCUGGGGAUCAAUUGACAAAGGAUGAUAUCAAAGUGUAUGCAGCUGUUGUAGAGAAGCCGGGGAACACUUUCCCUAAUGCUGCCAAGUGGUACGAUGUUGUCUCUUCUCAUGUUGCCUCAAGCUUCCCUGGGAACGCUCAAGGGGUUAGAUUCAGUACCGUAGCUGCUCCAGCUGAAGCUGCACCCGCCAAAGCUGCUGCUGCUGAAGAUGAUGAUGAUCUUGAUCUCUUUGGUGAUGAGACAGAGGAGGAUAAGAAGGCUGCAGAGGAAAGGGAGGCUGCUAAAAAGUCUACUAAGAAAAAAGAAAGUGGCAAGUCUUCUGUCCUCCUUGAUGUUAAGCCUUGGGACGACGAGACCGACAUGAAGAAGCUGGAAGAGGCUGUCCGCAGUGUUGAGAUGCCUGGUUUAUUGUGGGGAGCAUCCAAACUGGUGCCGGUUGGAUAUGGAAUCAAGAAGUUGCAGAUCAUGAUGACUAUUGUGGAUGACCUUGUAUCUGUGGACAGCCUCAUUGAGGAAUAUCUGACAGUUGAGCCAUGCAACGAGUAUAUUCAAAGCUGUGACAUUGUUGCAUUCAACAAAAUUUAA